AUGUCAAGUUUGAAGAAUCGACACUCGAAGUCGUCGGUGGAAUCAGGCGUCCACGAAGAAAACCUCCAGGUUACAGAACAUAAGGUUUCUCCGAUGGAGGGCAGUGCGCUCACAAACCCAACUGGCAGAAAGACGAGUAAAAUUGGCAGCAACUCCGGGGAGAACACAGUUGAACUGAAAAGAACUAUAAAUCUAUUGAAUGGCGUUGCUAUCAUUGUGGGUAGCGUAAUCGGUUCGGGGAUAUUCGUGACACCCAUCGGGGUAGUGAAGGAAGCUGGUUCUGUCGGACUGUCGUUGAUCAUUUGGGCUGUGUGUGGGUUGUUAUCUACAGUGGGGGCCCUGUGCUAUGCUGAAUUAGGGACCACCAUCUCCAAAUCUGGUGGAGAUUAUGCCUACAUUCUUGAGGUCUAUGGGUCUCUUCCUGCAUUCCUAAAACUCUGGAUAGAACUGCUGAUCAUCCGCCCUUCUUCUCAGUACAUCGUUUCUUAUGUAUUUGCUACUUAUUUACUCAAACCCGUCUUCCCGUGCUCUCGAGUACCAGAAAAUGUAGUUAAAUUGGUCGCCUGCCAGUGUAUAUGUAAGUCAGUUUGCUUUGUGAGAUGCAUAUCUUCUCUCAGCUAUGGACUGUGAAUGAACCUAUGUUGAACCUGUAUUUCCUGUCUGCUUACAUCGACUACUAAUCAAAUUCCAUGCUUCAUAAACGACAGGUGUAGAUAGACUAACAGUGAAACGAGUACUUACGGGUCCUUACCAACAAUGCUGAGAGAAAGAAAGUAGAGAAAUAAUAGAAAAAAAUAAAAUAAUAUUAAUAAUAAUAAAAUAAUAAAAAUAAUAUAAAAACAUGUAAUAAUAAAUAUACAAUGAGUAACGAUAACUAGGCUAUAUACACGGGGUACCAUCCGAGUCGAUGUGCAGGGGUGCAAGGUAAUUGAGGUAGAUCUGUACAUAUUACUAGGAAUAAAAUGACAGAUAAUAAACAGUAUCAGCAGCAUAUGUGAUGAGUCAAAAAAUGUUAGUGCUAGAAGGGUCAAUGCAGAUUGUCCGGGUAGCUAUUUGGUUAACUAUUUAGCAGUCUUAUGGCUUGGGGGUAGAAGCUGUUUAGGGCCCUGUCGAUGUGAAUGGGGGCGUACUUGGCCCUCUGUUUCCUGUAGUCCACGCUCCUUUCUCUUGCUGAUGUUGAGGGAGAGUUUGUUGUCUCUGACCUCCCUAUAGGCUGUCUCAUCGUCGUCGGUGAUCAGGCCUAACACCGUAAUGUCGUCGGCAAACUUAAGGAUGGUGUUGGAGUCGUGCGGGGCCACGCAGUCAUGGGUGAACAGGGAGUACAGGAGGGGAAUAAGCACGCACCCCUGAGGGGCCCCCGUGUUGAGGGUCAGCGUGGCGGAUGUGUUGUUGCCUACCCUCACCACCUGAGGGCGACCCAUCAGGAAGUCCAGGAUCCAGUUGCAGAGGGAGGUGUUCAGUCCCAGGGUCCUUAGCUUAGAGAUGAAGUUGGAGGGAACUAUGGUGUUGAAUGCUGAGCUGUAGUCAAUUAACAUCAUUCUCACCUAGGUGUUCCUCUUGUCCAGGUGGGAAAGGGCAGUGUGGAGUGCAAUAGAGAUUGCGUCAUCUGUUGGGGCUGUAUGUGAAUUGGAGUGGGUCCAGGGUGUACGGGAUGAUGGUGUUGAUGUGAGCCAUGACCAGCCUCUCAAAGCAUUUCCUGGCUCCAGAUGUGAGUGUUACGGGGCGAUAGACAUUUAGACAGGUCACCUUGGCGUUCUUGGGCACAGGGACUAUGGUGGUCUGCUUGAAACAUGUAGGUAUUACAGACUGGGUCGGUGGGAGGUUGGAAAUGUCAGUGAAGACACUUGCCAGCUGGUCAGUGCAUGCUCUGAGUACUCGUCCAAAUAUCCCAGCUAGCACAAUGAGUGCUUGUUUCCUUUUGAAAUGGGGUCUGUUUGAAUAGAAUCAAAUAAACAGCUUUUUAUCCGCAAAAAAAAAAAAACAUGGCAUGCUAGCUCCAUCCUGGUGGCACAGUGGACUAAUUCCAUGGAUAGAGAACAGAAGAUCGUAGGUUGGAAUCUCACUGAUGCCGUGUCACAAUAAAACAUGUGGUUGCAUGAUUAAUGCCUAAGGAAAUGUCCGUGUGUCCUAUCUGUGCUGGGAGUUAAACACAGUUAACCCCAAAAAUGAGCUAUCAGUGUUAUUAAAAGUCUUAUUGAAACGUUCAGGCUUCGUUCCCAGAACCAAUGGAAACCAAAAACCUACGCUCCCACAACUUCCAAGGAACCAGAUGUGCUAGCUGGGGAUGGUCACAUGGUUGUAAAGUUCAGGAAGUGAAUGUGUCUCAGUCUCACUCAGGUUGGCAUAAGGACAGGAUUCCACUUUCACUUUCCACUUCCUUUUCUCAGGGUCAGAAUCUUCAGCUCUGGUGUAUUUGUAUUUAUUAUGGAUCCCCAUUAGUUCCUGCCAAGGCAGCAGCUACUCUUCCUGGGGUUUAUUAUAGAUCCCCAUUAGUUCCUGCCAAGGCAGCAGCUACUCUUCCUGGGGUUUAUUAGGGAUCCCCAUUAGUUCCUGCCAAGGCAGCAGCUACUCUUCCUGGGGUUUAUUAUGGAUCCCCAUUAGUUCCUGCCAAGGCAGCAGCUACUCUUCCAGGGGAUUAUUAUGGAUCCCCAUUUAGUUCCUGCCAAGGCAGCAGCAACUCUUCCUGGGGUUUAUUAUGGAUCCCCAUUAGUUCCUGCCAAGGCAGCAGCUACUCUUCCUGGGGUCCAAACACAUUAAAGCACUUACAUUACAUAUAAAACAAAAUAUAAAACAGUACAUCAUAUAACAUUAUUACACCACAACAUAUCUACAAUACAACAUCUAUAAUACCACCAUACAACAAUAUGACAAUGUAGGUGUGUGUAGAGUGUGUGUGCUAGCGUAUGUGUGUGUCUGUACCUGUGUGUCUCUUCACAGUCCCCAUUGUUCCAUAAGGUGUAUUUUUACCUGUUUUUUUAAAGUCUGAUUCUACUGCUUGCAUCAGUUACCUGAUGUAGAAUAGAUUCUUUGCUCUAUGUAGUACUGUGCGCCUCCCACUGCAAACGGAUGCCCUUAGGACAGCAAUUAUUCUAGCCAGGUGGAAGGAACCAGCUGUCCUGUCUGAUUGCUGUGUUCACCAUUUUGUUUUACUGUGAAAUGAAAUAGAAUGGUGAACACAGCGAUCAGGCUGGUUCCAACAGGCUAGCAAUUCUCCCCUAACCUGUGGAAUAAACGUGUCUCUGUGUGUCUGUGUGUCUGUGUGUCUGUCUGUGUGUCUGUGUGUCUGUCUGUCUGCCUGUGUCUGUGUGUCUGUCUGUCUGCCUGUGUGUGUGUGUGUGUGUUCCAGUGCUCUUGACAGCAGUGAACUGCUGGAGUGUGAAGGCUGCCACGCGGGUCCAGGAUGUCUUCACUGCAGCCAAGCUCCUCGCUCUGGUACUCAUCAUCAUCCUCGGCUUUGUGCAGAUUGGCAGAGGUGAGAAGUAGACACACACACACACAGACACACACACACAGACACAGACACACACACAGACACACACACACACACACACACAGACACAGACAGACAGACCGAAGUGCUAGAUACACACACACACACACACACACACACACACAGACAGACCGAAGUGCUAGAUACACACACACACACACACACAGACAGACCGAAGUGCUAGACACACACAGAAGUGUUGAAUAAGAGGUUUUGUUGCAAUCUGUCAGUGAUAUCUUCUUAAUCUGUCAGUCCACUCACAAACUUUCUGAUCUUUUCAGGAGGGACGGAGCGUCUUUGGCCAGAGAACGCAUUCGAAGGGACAAGGAUGGACGUUGGCAGCUUUGGGUUGGCCAUGUACAGUGGGCUGUUUGCCUACGGAGGCUGGUAGGUAGGGAGGAGGAGGCCGCUAGGUAGGGAGGAGGGAACAGAACUAGUGUUUGGCAUAACUCCGUGUCCGGCUCCCAGACCCAAAUUAAACCUACUCCUGGACUACAAAAACACUUUACCUGCUUCUUAGUCUGGUCCAGUGUCCAUGUAUUUAUUAUUAACAUUUUAAACCGUUCAAAUGUGUGUCUAGUUUGAAUAAAUAACACGCAUGUAAAAGUAAGCUAGGUGAAUGAAGAGGUCACCUGUAGACAUGAUGAAUGCAGCACUGUUCAUAAUGAUAUAGGCCUACUGUCUGUCUGGCAUCUCUGGUAGUUUUUUAUUUUUUUUUGUCAUUUUGCAGACGCUCUUAGCCAGAGUGACUUACAUAUAUAUAUUUUUUCAUACUGGCCCCCCGUGGGAAUCGAACCCACAACCCUGGCGUUGCAAAUGCCAUGCUCUACCAACAGUUGUUCAUAGUGAUAUAGGCCUACUGUCUGGCAUCUCUAGUACAGUUGUUCAUAGUGAUAUAGGCCUACUGUCUGUCUGGCAUCUCUAGUACAGUUGUUCAUAGUGAUAUAGGCCUACUGUCUGGCAUCUCUAGUACAGUUGUUCAUAGUGAUAUAGGCCUACUGUCUGUCUGGCAUCUCUAGUACAGUUGUUCAUAGUGAUAUAGGCCUACUGUCUGGCAUCUCUAGUACAGUUGUUCAUAGUGAUAUAGGCCUACUGUCUGUCUGGCAUCUCUAGUACAGUUGUUCAUAGUGAUAUAGGCCUACUGUCUGUCUGGCAUCUCUAGUACAGUUGUUCAUAGGGAUAUAGGCCUACUGUCUGGCAUCUCUAGUACAGUUACAUUAAACAAUUAUUUUAAUUUGUUUUUUUCACAGGAAUUCUUUGAAUUUUGUGACAGAAGAGAUGAUCGAGCCAUACAAGUAAGUCACCUGUAGUGCACUAUAUAUAAGGUAUACUAGGGUACCAUUUCACGAUCUCUCUUCGCAGUCCCAAAGUCAGUCGCUACUUCAUAGUGAUACUGGUCAUGACUAGGGAUGACUCCUAUUUCAGAUUCCCCUCAUCCGUUUCACCUGUACUACCAUGGUGACGGGGAAGGAGGAAGUUUACCCUUGACCUUUCCUUGACCCUUGUGGUGUGUAUCUGCAGGAACCUGCCGCGUGCCAUAAAGAUCUCCCUGCCCAUGGUGACGGUGGUGUAUGUCCUCACUAACCUGGCCUACUUCACCACCCUCAGCCCUGAGGAGAUGGUGGCUUCAGAGGCCGUGGCAGUGGUGAGACUACCAGCAUGAAGUUACUCACUCACUGUAGGCCACACACACACACCACACACACAAAACACAACACACACCACACAAACACACAAAAACCCCCAAAACCCCACCACACACCCCACACAAGCUUCCCCCAACUCCAAUUAACGUGGGGCCUGCAGGACUUUGGGAACACCACCCGGGUGAUGGCCUGGACACCCUGUGUUUUGGGAGUUUUUUUGGCUCCGUCAAAGGAUCCUCUUCACCCCAGGUACAUACCACACACACCCCCACACACGCACAACCACCCCCUCACGCCCGCUGACCUAAAAAAAUAACCUUUAAAGCAAUCCACAGGGCAACUUACAUGUGGUGGGUGGUACCUGUUUUAAGAGCUUCCUCCGUCUUUAGGGUUUUUUUUGGUUGGGGGGGGGGGGGCACGGGGGGUCCUGCCCCUUGUUGCCUUGUCCCACCCCCAUCUGGCCCCUCAGCCUUCAUUUUAUUUUACGUGGUUGUAUUUUUUUUCCCUUUUCCAGUAUAAUACGGUGUGUAGUUCUUCUCUCUAUCUAAAUUUUUAUAUAUUUUUUUUUCUUUUCCUUUCUUUUUUUUUUCCCUUUUUUUUGGAUAAUGAGGUUGUUGUUUUUGUUUUUUUGUUUGUCCUAAAGCUCCCUUUUUUUUAAUCCUACCCCCUUUUCUUCCCCUCUUCGGCAUUGCUCUUUUUCUUUGUGUUGUUAUUUUCUCUUCUCUAAGUGCAUAAAAGACGGGUGGGAUGUUUUCUCUCUCUCCAGUGCAAAUGACGGUGCUUUUAGUUUCCUCCUCUCGGGGGAUUUAAAGACGGUGUGAUGUUUUCUCUUUUCUAGGGGUAAUGCGGUGCUGUAUGUUUCCCUUUUUUCUUCUCAGGGCUAA